AUGGCGAUCGACCACGACUCCCCCUGCAAGGAGCUCCUCCCCAAGGACCGCCGCAGCAUGGACGAUGACGGCGCUGAACCGGAGGAGGAGGAGGAGCUGGAGGAGGUUGAGGAGGAUGAGGAGGUUGCGGAGGUGGAGGAGGAGGAGGCUGAGGAGGACGAGAAGUCUGCGGAGGAGGUGGAGGAGCAGGAGCAGGUAGCGUCGGCGGACGGCGAGCGGUGGCCUCGGUGGCUGCGCCCCAUGAUGUCCGCGCGCUUCUACACGCCGUGCAAGACGCACCCUGACUCGCGCCGGGGCGGCGUGCGCACCAUGUUCUGCCUCGACUGCGCCGCCGUCGCCGGCGCGCUCUGCUCCCUGUGCGCCGACCAUGGCCACCGCGGCCACCACGUCAUCCGGGUCCGCCGCUCCACCUACAGCAGCGUGCUCAUCGUGUCGGACGUCCAGGGCCUCCUGGACGUCGACGGCGUGCAGACCUACGUCAUCAACGGCGCGCGCGUCGUCUUCCUCAGAGAGCGCGGCCCGCAGCAGAGGCACGCCCGCAGCGCCUGGAGCUUCGUCAACCAGUGCGGCUGUGGCCGCGGCCUGCUCGAGGCCUUCCGCUUCUGCUCGCUCAGCUGCAAGUUCCCUGGCUGCCGCCACGACCGCAGCGCCUCCUCCCCUUCCUCCCCGCCGCGCAAUGCCGCCGACCAGACCUCGACGCCACCACCGCCGCCGCCUGCACACCGGCGCAAGGGCAUCCCGCACCGGGCACCGUUCGGCAACCUGGUCGUCUGA